UGGUUCACGUGGUACGCUCAGGAGCCGCGCUGGCAGGCAGCGGCGCCGAAGCAGCUGCGCUCAAGGUCCAAGCUGCUUGUCGCCUUCAUGAAGCUUUUCAUCGAGGACGGCUUCGCCCUGGACACCGCGGCGGAAGAUUAUCGCGAUCGCGUGCUUGAGCUCGGGAAGCGCGCCGAGGAUGCCAUCCUCACGUACCUGAAAACAAAGCACGGCAUCAACUCUCGCGGCUCCAGCGCUGUCCUCAAGCAUCUCCAGCGACUUCAUAGCGCCGGAACGCUCGACGCCAUCAUCCAGCGCCACCAACGAUUGCUC